GGUUCCAUACAGGUGUGUGCACUCGCUCUCCGCGGCUCUUUGGUGAUGUGGGAAACUGCUGGGUGUUGUCUUUGCCGUGGAACCUACUUUGUCUAGUGGCAGGCUUUCUCCCGGGUUGGUGCCAAGAUGUUGUGAGAAUCGUUUGAAGGUUGAUGACCGCCUCUCAAGUUCCUUACAUAAUUAUUGGAUAUUUUCUCAUGGAUUGUCUUCAAGAGCUUGAUGAUAAAUCUUGAGAGUGAACAGUGAUGAGUCAUUUGGAGUCAAGCAGGUAGAGCUCUUUAGGAAGUUAUAAAACCUCAUUUAAGAGCCUUAUAUACUGGGUUACCAGAAGCUCCCACGAGUGGUAGGAAGGCUUUAUCGAUUUACAAAGCUCUACAGAUGAUCGGAUAAAAGUCAGUGAUGAAUUUAAGGCUCCCGAAAUAACAGCGCAUUAUGAUUACAAAAUGCUCAAGUGAUUAAGUAUACUCGAGUGAAUUCGCAGCUAUGCUCCCCUUCACUGCUACCUGCUGGCGACCACUGGUAACUCCAUAAGAUACAACGGUGAUCUGCUCUAUAAGGGCGCCUCCGAGUCUGAAGGUUGGUGAACACUGGGGACCUCAAGUGCUGUUGUGGGUGAAGUUGUUGGUGUUUUGUGUCAUUAAGUUUAGUAAAAGAUUGUAUUUAAUAUCAAGCUGAAAGUAACAGAAGUGGCGUAUUGAAUGAAGAUCUUUCGAAUCCAAAAUCGUGAUGGAAUAACAUUGGCCUUGUAACUUGACCAUCAACCAACAUACAAUCAUCUAUAUCUACCUCACACACACACUGACACACAGAAGGAGACGAUUACUGCCAACAUCAAGUUUCCAGGACUAAAGAAAAAAGAGAGGAAAGAUAAAAAAUCGUCUCAUGUUUUCUACUUCUCGUAAAUUUAGGUUAAAUAAAAGUGAAACACUGAUCAUAUAAAUAACGGCAGAAAUCAGAGUCUGAACGGGUUUUCGAGCCCAUCCCACACCACUCUCUCACUCAAUAAACACAGAUUUAACAAGUUCAUAAUAACAGGGAUGGAAUAACGCAAAAAGUUACUUGUUUACAUUAGUUGACGUUUGAAAAAAAGAAUAUUGAAAAUAUGUGAUAAGAUAACUCUAAUUAAGCUGAAGUGUGGAGGCGUUCUGGCAGGAAAAAAAUGACAGCCCUCACAUUACUACUGUAUAUUGCAGUAAAGAGUAUAAAGAUCGAGGAAACAAGUGAGGAACUUAUGUUAUAUCGCAUCAAUGAGUGUACUUGUUGACAGUGUUCCACGACCUCUGUCACUUAAGAUGGCGGAGGACGUGACAUUCCACCUGAGUCUGGUUCCCCUCAGCAUCGACACCCAGUACUUUUCCCCCUCACACAUCAUCGACUGGAUGACUAAAUUCCAGUGGUGGGAGUGGCUCAUCAUCCUCAAGGUGGGCUUCAUCUUCUGGGUGCUCAACAUCACCAUCAUUCUCCCGUCUAUAUACAUGCAGGUGAUGUUGUACACGGAUGAGAUGACGUCACGACAAACACUGGAGCCGACCGCCAUGCUGGAGGAGCUGAGGCACAUAGUGACGUGGGCCCUCACCAAGUACUCCCUCCUGCAGAAGACGAUGGCUCACGGACCGGCACCGGUCCGCGGACCACACUUUGAGUAG